AUGCCUUUAUUUCCUCAGAGGAACAGUGAUAAGCGUGGGCGGGUUGUGGUUUAUCACUUUUUCAACGACAUAGCUGUCCUUCAAACAAAUAAGUCUGUUGUCGAUGUGCUUCAGAUUUUCGUUCUCCACUGCGCCAUUCCUGCUGGAUUCAUUGCAUUGUUUAUGCAUCUUGAGAAGGUACAUUCGACAGCCUAUGUAAUCGAUAUCACGGCACUUUUCAUCUCUCUACUCAACUUCUUACUCUGUCUGAUUGAAGCUGUGAAAGUUACCUAUUCUAUCGUUACGAAAAAUCGUGCCCGGCUUACAUCCGGACAGCCUUCUUUGCGCACGGAUCGUAGUAAGCUUCUUCAUUUCUUUUUACAUAUCGUUGAGCCGAGAUCGAGCCCUAGCUCGCGGCAUGUCUCAUCGCCUGAUGCUGCAAAUCGUAAUUUCCUUACGCAGUGGCUUUCAGCUUUACAUUACGGUGAUCGACGACAAUCUUCUCAGAGUUAUUUGUCGCAAAAUCUGAGCGCCGAUUCGUCUGGGACAUCAUUUUUCACCAGCAGCAGACAUUCAGUAAGCUUCGAUGACAAUAUUUUCUUCAAGCAUUCCACACCAAUAAGCAGUGGUCGAUCACCAUACACAGAAAGGCAUUCAAGUCAUUCAGUAUCUCUAUCCGCAAAAGUUGGCUCUUCGCCGAACAGCCGACCCAAUUCUUCGUUCCAGACGAGUAGACAGCUGGAAGAAUAUCUUCGUACAAGUCCACUGUGUGAAGAAUCGUCAUGCAAUAGCAUGCCGCCACAUUCAGCAUCGUUCGGACCCGAAGUCUCCGCCGCGUACAGUCUUAGACUUUCGCCGCCGUUUCGUUUUUUACGUUCCGGAAGCACAAAUUAUGAAAUGGGGACUGCUAUGUUCGCUGACGAGCAAGGAAAGUCGACGUCUGAUGAGAACAGUGUUGUCUCAUUGGUAACAGGAAGUCGUAUUGUGGCCACUGAAAAGCGCAUUUCUUUAUCGCCAAUCCCGUUGAAUUUGAUUGAUGCUGACAACGAACUGAUUAGUGGAAACGACAAAGGCGUUGCUAGCGACGGGACAGAUGUUGCACGAAAUGCUUACAACGAUAGCAUUACAUUUCAAAAAAGUGAUUUUCUUGCAAAAUGCAUUUGGACGAAUACAAAGAAGAGGUUUUCAGGAACUACUCCGCCGUUGCUUCGCCGAUCGGAGACUAAUGAAAGCCGUCGUACAAUAAGCACUUCUCCACAAACACAGACCGAAAGCUUUUUCUCGAAAACUGUACAGCUGAAUGAGACUGGAAGUAGUCAGAUUGGCAAGCAGAUACCGAUCACUUCUUCAGAAAUAUUGAGCCAGUACAAACUGGAUGCAGAAACUCUGGCUUUUGCGGAACGCAACUUACGCUCAUGGAUUUGUCAGACCAUUUUGCGACCACUUAUUGCAAAAAUUGAUGAAGUAAAUGCAGUCCUUGCUAAGGACGAGUGGGCUAACAAUGACAAAAGUAAUAUGAGAAGUUUGGCAUAA